GAAUGGUCUUCAACACAGUCCUCACUUGUUGAGUGAUCUCUGAGGACAGUCUAACGCUAACCCGACACACCUAAAGACUCCAUUUGAUCGGCAAAUGACGACGGCAAUGAUGAAAGGAUUUGUGCUGUCGAUCUGCUUAUUCUUCACAGUUGUUCAGUCCAUCACUUGUGAAGCGAACAGGAUAGAAGCGCGCAAAAAGCACGAAAACGACGUGGCGCACCACAGCUCUGCCAUAACAACAGGAGUGUGGAAUCAGGAGAAACCAAAAAGACUCUUUGCCAGGACUCGCUAUCUGUCUCAGCAGAGACAUCAUGUGGUGAGACCUAAGCCCAGGCCUGAGGCCGUUUCUCCAGCCCAGACUCCAGCGCGGCGCUGUGCCGGUCUGAUGGAGAGCUGCUCCUCGCUCACUCCCUGCUGUGAUCCAUGUGCUUCCUGCCACUGCAGGCUCUUCAACACCAUCUGCCACUGCUGGAGACUGGGACACCUCUGCCCCAAGAAGACCUAAUGACCUUAAACAAACACACACACACACACACACGCACACACACACACACGCACACACACGUAUAUAUCGGUGGUUCUCGGUUGCUUUUACUUCAGCAUUGCUCAUCCAAUACUGUUUAUCAAACAAAAAGAAAGAAAACUCAUUAAAAUUGAGUUUAGACAUUUAGUUUCUAAAUAUUUCUUGAAGUUUGAUGGUAUCUUGCUAUCAGUUUCCAAAAAUUCACCACACAAAACCAGUUUUCUUCAUGGUUUUUGAUGAUGACGGCAUCUGUAUAAUUUGACAAGCUCCUACCAAGAUUAAUUUGUGCCAAAAUACUGAAGCAUUCGAUUACAGCCUUUGACUUUUAAAGGUUAGUUCACCCAAAAAUUUAAAUUCUGUCAUUAAUUACUCACCCUCAUGUCGUUCCACAUCUGUAAGACCUUCGUUCAUCUUCGGAACACAAAAAAAAUAAUGAUAAAAUGAAGCUUCAUGAAGUUUUGAAGUUUUACGAAUCUUUUGUUUCGAAUCAGUGGUUCGGAGCAUGUAUUAAACUGCCAAAGUCACACCCCCCAGUGGUGAACCACUGAAAUUUCAACACACAUUUUACAUAAUGAAGCCUCGUUUACUGAAAUCACGUGACUUUGACAGUUUGAUACACACUCCAAACCACUGAUUCAAAACAAAAGAUUCAUAAAACUUUGAAGCUUCAUGAAGCAGUGUUUUAAAAUCGCCCAUCACUAGAUAUUGUUGAAUAGUCUUUUUUUUUUUUUUUUUGCCGCACAAAAAGUAUUCUCGUCGCUUCAUAACUUUAAGUUUGACUACACUGUAGUCACAUGAACUGUUUUAAAUACAUCUUUCGCAGCUUUCUGGGCAUUGAAAGUGUGAAUUGUCUUGCUGGUAAUGCAGGCCUCACUGAGCAAUCGGAUUUUAUCAAAAAUAUCUUAAUUUGUGUUCUGAAGAUGAAUGAAGGUCUUACGGAUGUGGAACGACAUGAGGAUGAGUUAUUAAUGAUAGAGUUUUAAUUUUUGGGUGAACUAACCCUUUAAAGGAAUAUUCCAUUUUCAAUACAACUUGCAUAAAGUUGAUCACCACAAAAAUGAUUUUGACUCGUCCCUCGUUUCCUUUAAUUUAAAACAAGCAGAAAUAGAGGUUUCAGUGAGGUUAAUUUUAUUGUUUUGCUCAUUAUUAGUUAAAGUUAAUUAAUGCAAUAACUAAUAUUAAUAGGACUUUACUGUAAAGUGUUACCAGCGUUUUUUUGUAUUUUUUAUUUAGCAUUUAGCAAAUGUUUGUUCAGAACAGACCUCCAGAUCCACCAUAAGAGAACCACAGCUAUAUAUCACAAGUAGCUGUGCACCAUCAGGAUUUACACCUGUACUUCUACACACUCUGAUUCUACUAUGUAGCAUGCCAUGGAUCAUACAUGACAUUUAACUGACUGUACAGUGAAUAUUUAACUACCACAUGACUCGAGUUCUUUGGCUCUCUAUUUGCAUCAUGAUGACACUAUGUGACUGCUUUGCCAACUGGAGAUGUUAGUACAGUGAACUCUUGUAGGAUUCUUGCUGGCAAAGUUUCAUUUUUGUGAUUAUUCUCAAUAUUUUUCAGCUCUUGUUAAGCAAGGGGCAUAUCUAACAGUGUAACCAUGCCUAAAAAGCUAAGUUAAGUAAUUUUAGGUGCAGUAAAUGUGAAACUAAUGUUAUCCUCAUACUGUGAUCUUAAUAAUAAGUUUUAAGAUGUUCAUCUACUGUGAUGAUUCCACUGUCAUAUGGCAUUUUUUCAUGUUUCUGAUUUCUACAUGAAAAAAAAAAAGUAUACAUGAAUGUCAAGCAGACGCUUUACUGUGGAUGAAAAGCUUCUUAAAAAAAAGUUGCCAGAUAACUAUCAUCAUAUGUUUCUAUCCACUGUCAGGUCAUAUUGACUGAAUAUUAUUUGGGGGGGUGGGGGAGGGUGGAACAUGUUCAAUGUGCUCUCUACAAAAUUAUUUGUAAUAAAAACAUUUAGAACUGC